AUAAUUCGCGGGGAUUUUCAAUUUAGGAAAAGCUUGGCAAAACAAUAAAAGGUGUGAAAUGAGAUGUCUAGGCUCACACAGCAAAGUGGCGAUGAUAAUCGCUAUAUCCUAGUGGCUAAGCUGGACAACGCGCGUAAUCUUCUAAACAUUUUGAAAGCUGUACAUUUCAAAGAGUCAGCCACGUGUUUUGUGAGUAGCAAUGGUAUCAAGGUUACUGUUGAAGAUGCAAAGUGUGUACAGGCCAAUGCCUUUGUGCAAAGUGGAAUCUUCCAGGAGUUUGUUUUCAAAGAAGAGAGUGCCACUUUCCGGAUAAACCUCAACGUUUUACUGGAAUGUCUCAAUAUCUUUGGCUCCUCCAAAGAUACAGGAACUUGUACUGCAAUGAAGAUGUGUUAUGCGGGAUAUGGCUCACCACUCAUUCUCAUGCUAGAGGAAGGUGGUGUCUUGACAGAUUGCAGCAUUCAGACUCAAGAGCCUGAUGAAACAUUAGAUUUUGACUUUAGCAGUGCAGAAGUAUUGAACAAGAUUAUUAUGAAAUCUGAGUGUUUGAAGGAGGCCUUCAAUGAACUUGACAUGACAAGUGAAGUACUACAAAUUUUGAUGUCACCAGACAACCCUUACUUUAGACUGUCAACCUUUGGAUAUGCAGGAAGUAUGCAUUCUGAUUUUCCAAAAGAUUCUGAUAUGGUGGAGUCAUUUGAAUGUCAACAAACACAAACAAACAGAUAUAGGAUCAGCCUUCUGAAGCCAUCUACCAAGGCACUGCAACUUUCAAGUAAAAUCUCCAUCAGAAUGGAUGGAAGAGGUUUUCUCUCACUGCAGUAUAUGAUUAUAAAUGAAGAUGGGCAGGUCUCCUUUGUGGAAUACUUGUGUGCUCCAGAUGAAGAAGUUGAUGAGGAUGAUGAAGAUGAUCUCAACUGAACAACCACAAAAAGUCAAAGUGAAAAAAGAUAGUAUUGUAAAUCAAUCAGCCUGGUAGAAGAGCCGUCAAAAAAUGUAUUAAAAAUGUAAAAAUAAAAAAAAAGAUAAUACCAGUAUGUACUAAUUGACUGAAUAGUUUGGCUAACUAAAAAAGAAAAACAAUCAAAGAAACAAAUUGGAUCGAAAUCCUUCAAUCACAAGCCAGAAAUAUGACCUUUAAGCCCUCUGAAACAUCAUGUGUCAUGAAAGAUGCAGAAACUAAGUAUGAAUAACAAAUCAUACGAUAACUGUCCGAGUUCUAGAACACUGAAAGUCAUUUUCAAACAAACAACAUUUUAUUGGUUUGUGAUCAAAGUAGAUGAUAAUGAAUAAAAAAAGUGUACAUGGUCAAA